UAAUGAAGAGGAAUUUUUUUGCUAUAUAACGCGAACUAACAACUUCUCAUAUCAAUUACUUGAGUACUUAUAUAUCAGCUUCUUUGGUAUCUUAAGAGCCAAAAAAAAUGGAUAAGAUAAAUGUGGAGAUGGAGACGAUAACGAGAGCAGAAAUUGAUGAUCAAAAACUGGUUUAUGAUUCUUCGGUUGAUCAUAAAGGACGAGUUCCUCUUAGGAGUUCAACUGGUGUAUGGAAGGCCUCCCUGUUUAUUAUCGUUAUUGAAUUCAGUGAGAGGCUGAGUUUCUUUGGAAUAGCUACGAGUUUGAUUAUGUACUUAACAAAAGUCAUCCAUCAAGACCUUAAAACAGCAGCAAAAAGUGUGAAUUACUGGACAGGAGUCACUACCUUGAUGCCAUUGCUUGGAGGCUUUCUCGCUGAUGCAUACUUGGGACGAUUCUCCACCGUUCUUCUCUCUUCCACGGUCUACUUCCUGGGCUUGCUUCUAUUGACAAUGUCUAGAGUGGUCCCUAGCUUAAAACCUUGUGAGAGUGACCUGUGUGAUAAACGGAGGAACGUCCAUGAGGCAAUCUUCUUCCUAGCAAUCUACUUAAUCUCUGUUGGAACUGGAGGACACAAGCCUUCUCUUGAGAGCUUUGGAGCUGAUCAGUUUGAUGAUGAAAAUCCUCAAGAAAGAAGGAAAAAGAUGUCAUUUUUCAACUGGUGGAACUUUGGACUAUGCUGUGGACUAUUACUUGGUGUUACUCUUAUCGUUUACGUACAAGAACAUGUUAGCUGGGCCAUGGCAGAUGUAAUACUCACACUAGUCAUGGCUUCUAGUAUAGUCAUCUUUUACGCAGGGAAGCCAGUUUAUCGUUACAGGAAGACGACUGGAAGUCCAUUAACACCAAUGCUAAACGUGCUCGUAGCUGCAAUUAGGAAAAGAAGUCUUCAACUUCCUUCUGAUCCUUCUCAUCUACAUGAAGUUCCCAAGUCAGAAACUAACCAAAAGAGGCUUUUAAGCCACACCAAAAGACUAACGUUCCUUGAUAAAGCAGCAAUCCUAGACCAAACUCAAGAUCCGUGGAAACUUGCAACUGUCACCAAUGUGGAAGAAGUGAAGCUAAUUAUCAACAUGAUACCAAUUUGGCUAACCACUUUACCAUUUGGUAUAUGCGUAGCACAAGCUGCAACUUUUUUCUUAAAACAAGGUUUGACAAUGAACCGGAAGAUCAUCCACAAUUUCGAGAUUCCCACAGCCUCAAUUUAUGCCCUGACAGCUGUUGGCAUGAUAAUAUCUGUUGCUUUCUAUGACAAAAUCCUUGUACCUUUCUUGAGAAGGACAACAGGAAAUGAGAGAGGGAUUAGUAUCCUCCAAAGGAUUGGUAUUGGAAUGAUCUUCUCUGUUUCUACUAUGAUCGUUGCAGCUUUAGUCGAAAGAAAAAGACUGAAUCUUGUACACAAAAAUCCACUCGAAGGCUCGAGUAGAAUGAGUGUGUUUUGGCUAGCCCCACAAUUCCUUAUCCUUGGAAUAGCAGAUGGAUUUGCCUUAGUAGGAUUGCAAGAAUACUUCUACGAUCAAGUACCCGAUUCCAUGAGAAGCUUGGGCAUUGCACUUUACCUUAGUGUAAUUGGAGCUGCAAAUUUCAUUAGCAGCCUGUUGAUAACCAUUGUGGAUCAUGUCACAGAGAAAAGUGGCAAGAGUUGGUUUGGAAAAGAUCCAAACAGCAGCCGGCUCGACUAUUUCUACUGGCUCUUAGCUAUCAUUACAGCAGUGAAUUUGUGUGUUUAUGUUAUUGUUGCGAGGAAUUAUUCGUACAAGAAUGUUCGCUCUAAGGCGACUAUGUCUGUGGCUGAUUGUGAUGAUAGAGAUAAUCGCGAAGCAAUGGUAUAGUUGAUGUAAAUAUAUUCAUCAAGCUUUUUAUACAAGUUCACUGAAAUAGUAGUAAUAAAUAACAAUGUAUUGUGAUAUUUCAUUCGCUAAAAGUUUGAUUGAUUUAUGUCA